AUGGCGAGCCGCGCCAUGUCGACAUCCAGCUCCCUGCUGGUCUUGUGGUGCUUGACCGGACUCUUCUUGGUAGUUCUGAACUUGUUGGGGUCCCAGCUGUCUCCGGAGAAGCCACUGGACACGACCUUCCCACGCACAGCGGAAUCAACCUUGGCUCUCAUAGACAACUAUGGCGACCGGGGCCGCUGGUGGUACAACUGGUACGAAUUGCUCGACCUCUUGUUCAUACCUACUUACGGGGCUGCUUUGUACCUCUCAAUCCAAGCGCUUGCACCCGAUCAGAUCAGAGGCAUUCUGGAGAAGGUGGUCCUGGUGACGUGUGCUGCGGACCUUCUCGAAGAUGGAGCGGCACUGACCCUCACGGACGCAUUGCGGACCAAUCACCUAGUUGCCACAGUCUCCGAUGUGGCGACCGGCAUCAAGUUUAUCGGCUUCACCGUUUGUCUCCUCGCCGUGGUUGUCCUAGCCAUCGCCCGCUGGAUCUCUCAGACGGGAUAUGGUGCUCUUGACGAAGACUCUUCCGAAGGCCAACACUGA